GGGGAGUGUUUUACUUUCCGUGAAGAGAAGACACACCUUCAGCUCCUUGUGUUUUCCUGCAUGUCAGCUGAGGGCGACAGAGGGAGGUGUCCCCACCACUUCCCCCCUUCUUUCCCUUUUCUCAAGAUUUCCCUGAGUCCACAAUAAACUUUCAUUUUGGGAAGUCGUCAUACAUACAAACACACGCGUGCGCGCGCAUACAAGCACAUACAGCAUCGGCCGUCAUCGUGUGCUGCCCUGGCUUUCUGCAAAGCUAAAAUACUUGUUGUAGUUCGCGCGUAAAAAGGCGCACUGGGAAGACGGACAUCUAAAAGCGCACAGGUGGAGCGCCUGUUUUAUUUGGACUUUUUCAAAGAGGAACCAAACAGAAAGACAAGACAACGGCACAGAGCAUUAUGUUUUAUUGAUGGUUAAUUAUCGCGUUGUUUGCUUGUUUUCUGCGUGUUUUCUCUCCACGGGAGCCUCAAGGAACCACCUGGGAUGGAAAAGCUUGCCUCCUCCGGACUAUAAUAAAACCUCCCGGGAUAAAGAAUGAAGUAACAGCUAUGGAGCCGGACAAUGCCCCGCACUCCAAACCCAAAGCUGCGGGAGUCGGGGGGAGAACUUUGCUUUUUUGGACCAUAUUGUGUUUCACCUGCUCCCUGAGGCUCGUACAUGCACAAGAUGUGGACGUCCUGCAGCAUCUUGGGCUUUUUGGGCGGAGGGCAGCUGGGUCAUCGCCCGCACCUCCUCAGCCUAUUCCUAAUGGAGUCAUCCCCUUCAAGUCCGGCAUUAUCCUGACCCCACGGGCACGCGUCCAGGUGCCCCUGCGCACGGUUCUCCCUGCAUCCUACCACUCCACCAGCUUCUCACUGGUUCUCAGCCUGUUUGCUCAUCGCUUCAACAGCGCCUUCCUUUUCUCUGUUCUGUCUAAGAGAAAGAGGGUGCAGCUCGGACUGCAGCUCGUUCCAGGGAACGUCAUCGUUCACGUCGGGCACAAGAGCUUUGUAACUUUUGACUAUGACGUCUACGAUGGCCGAUGGCAUCAUUUUGCUUUGGAUAUUCGAGGCCGUCAUGUAUUCUUGCACACAUCCUGUGGUAAGAACAGUCUACGCGCAUACCUGUCUUCUCAAAAGGAGGCGGUGUUGGAUCCAGAUGGCUCAUUCCUGCUGGGCAAAAUGAACCGCCAUUCAGUGCCAUUUGAAGGUGCCAUUUGUCAGUUUGACAUCCAUCCGUCUGCAGAGUCGGCUCAUAACUAUUGUGAUUUUAUUAAGAAACACUGCAGAGAAGCAGACACCUAUCGGCCCGUACUUUCUCCCAUGCUACCUCUGUUUGCUGAUCCAAAUAUUACUUUUGCUCGCACAAGCCCGUCAUCUUUGGCCUUGACUACGGAAAGCUCCAGGACCACGAUUCUUCCAACUGACCGCCCAAUAUCACCGAAAACAACAUCUGAGUAUUUGAAUAUAGGCACUCCGAAAGCUGGUUCUGGUUCUGUUUCUCCACCAGAUCAUCCACGAUCAGAAAGCCCUUCCAAGAUUUUAACGCAGACUGUUACUACAUCUCUCAGGAUUAGCGUGACUACACCCAAUCCAAAACCAAACAUGCACACCCGGAAGAACACCAGGCAGAGGGACGCUAAUCCAUCAAAACCUUCUGGGAAGCAUGAACGUUUUCCUGGUUCUACCAGACAGUCAGAUCUGAAGCCAGACUUUAGCACCACGGCUGUUCCCACACACAAAUCUCCCUCAAGCACACCCCCCCACCCAGAAAAGAACCCAUCCCCGGAAGCUCUCCAGAAACCCGAGCCAAAAGUGACCGGUUCACAGGAUUUCACGUCUACCACUCCUACUACGGCCACUCCAGCUUCCGCAGAUGACUCGCAGACAUUUGACCUGGAGCCGACCCAGUUUUCCCUGCUGGCUGGAUCACCUGGACUAAAGGGAGAUCCGGGACCACCGGGCCCUCAAGGAUUUCCAGGCUUGCCAGGAAAAGCGGGGAGGAGGGGCCCCAGGGGUCCUCCUGGUCCCCAUGGGAAUCCCGGACCUCCUGGAACUCCUGGAAUGAAGGGACAAAAAGGAGAUCCUGGUCUAUCCCUUUGUCAAGCCCCAAAAGGAGCAAAAGGAGAAACUGGUAUCGGGGGCUCUCCUGGACUGCCUGGCCAAGAUGGACGAAAGGGACUGAAAGGAUAUCCUGGUCCUGCUGGUCUCCCAGGUGAACAGGGCCGACGUGGAGAUGAAGGAAGCCCCGGGGCCAAAGGCUAUCCUGGCAGGCAGGGUUUACCUGGACCAGUAGGACGAAUGGGGCCAAAAGGAAUUAGGGGUCACAUUGGCAUCCCUGGGCUUUUUGGCUUACCUGGUCCUGAUGGGGAGAGAGGAAUUCCAGGCGUGCAUGGGAAGAAGGGCAAGCUGGGUAGGCCGGGCUUUCCUGGUGACUUUGGAGAGAGAGGACCUCCUGGCCCCGAUGGCAACCCUGGUGAGCUGGGAGCUCCUGGCCCGGGUGGAGUUACUGGCCUUAUUGGCGACCUGGGCCCUGUCGGUGUAAUGGGGUCACCCGGACUUCCAGGACUCAAGGGAGUAGCUGGAAGUCCGGGAGGCGCAGGACUGAAAGGUGAUGAGGGGGAUGUUGGGUUGCCAGGAGAACAGGGGGACCGUGGAUUUAAGGGCGACAAGGGCAGUCGGGGCUCACCUGGGUUGCCAGGUCCUCGUGGAAAACCUGGACCUCAGGGGACACCUGGGGAAAUGGGCCCUGGUGGUAUACCUGGCCCUCCUGGUUCAGAGGGCUUCCCGGGUGACAUUGGCCCACCAGGACAAAAUGGCCCAGAGGGUCCGAAGGGGAAGCAAGGGCUAAGAGGUUUUCCCGGUCCUGCAGGAAAACCUGGACCUCAGGGGGAUGAGGGACCAGUUGGACCAGCAGGACCCAUUGGACCCGAGGGCAGACCUGGGAGGCAGGGAUUCUCUGGACCGACGGGCCCAGAUGGACCCAAGGGCGAGACGGGGAUGGCUGGCGAGGUCGGGAAGCUUGGCGAGAAGGGACUUCCGGGUUUUAUCGGGCCUGGCGGAGAGAUGGGGAUCACUGGAGGAAAGGGUGAUCGAGGAAAAACGGGUGCUCCCGGACCUCCGGGCGAUCCAGGGCCAACGGGUCACGCUGGCAUCCCUGGAGAGACCGGACCACCUGGACCGCAGGGGAUCCCGGGCCCUCCUGGUCCACGAGGAUCUGCAGGCAUUAGAGGGCCCAAAGGUCAGAGGGGUCCAAGGGGUCCUGAUGGUCCAAUUGGAGAGAUGGGGUCCACAGGGGUCAAGGGCUCUGAUGGACCACCAGGAAAAUUGGGCCUUCCUGGGCCGAUGGGGAAUCUCGGAGAACCAGGUGCAGCUGGACCAAAAGGAUUUCCAGGUGUUCAAGGCCUCUCAGGACCUCCAGGAUCCAAAGGAGUUGCAGGAGAACCUGGACCAGCAGGGCCAGCAGGAAGGACUGGGUCAAUGGGGGCGAUGGGGUUGAUGGGACCUUCUGGUAAAUCUGGAGAGAAGGGCCUUCCCGGUGAACCUGGAGAGAAGGGUUUCGUUGGUCCACCUGGAACCCUUGGGGAGCAGGGUUUGAUUGGCCAGAGAGGUGAGACUGGAAUGGAUGGAGAGGUUGGUGCAAGUGGACCUCAUGGAGCAAAGGGCGAGAAGGGCGAUCCAGGCUCAGAGGGCGACUCAGGAGACAGAGGUAAAACUGGCUUGAAAGGAAAGGAAGGCCCACCUGGUCCUUUUGGACUUGUGGGGGUGAGGGGUCAGGAGGGCAAACCUGGCAAAACUGGGGAAGGAGGAAAGCCAGGGGAAAAGGGGGGCAAAGGUCAACAAGGCCACGUGGGUGAGCCUGGGUCAAUCGGCGAUCAGGGAGGAGCGGGAUUUGUUGGACAGAAAGGAGCGAGAGGAACCGUUGGAAUGGUGGGCGCUCCGGGGAAAAUGGGCCAAGGAGGCGAUCCGGGCAACGCGGGUUACGAAGGCCACAUGGGACCACUGGGCACACUUGGACCUCCUGGACCAAAAGGUGAAAAGGGUAACCAGGGAGAUGACAGCAAAGUAGAGGGCCCCCCAGGUCCCCAAGGUGACAGAGGUCCUUCUGGAGACGGAGGAGAGAGAGGAGAGCCAGGUGACCCAGGACACAUUGGUGAAACAGGUCUAGAUGGACCUAGAGGUGAAAUUGGUGCUCCAGGUCUUCCUGGACAUCCUGGGACCAAAGGACAAGCUGGUCUCAAAGGAUUCAAAGGGGAUCAAGGUCCAAAAGGAAAAUCAGGGGCAACAGGUGCAUCUGGGGCCAAAGGACCACCAGGUCCAGAAGGCCCCUCGGGUCCACGCGGGGUCCUGGGUAGGGAGGGACUGGAGGGUCUUCCUGGAACGGAUGGUUUAUCAGGAAACGAUGGAAGCAAAGGAGUCAAAGGGGAGCAAGGAGAUGACGGAGAGGUGGGUUUACCUGGAAAACCUGGGAUGCAAGGAGAAAGGGGUGUGAUGGGACUUCCAGGAGAUCAAGGCUCUCUCGGUCUCAAGGGAGAGAGAGGUAUGCCAGGCCAAACUGGUCCCGCUGGAAAGAGAGGCUCUGUUGGCACAAUGGGAUUUUCAGGAAAACAAGGAGAUCCGGGAGCUAAAGGACAACCAGGGGGUGGGGGGCCACAGGGCUUUCCAGGGGUGGUGGGAAUGUUUGGACCAAAGGGUCCCCCAGGAGACAACGGCCCAUCAGGGAUACAAGGACCAAAAGGACCUCGAGGACUGAUGGGUGUGGAGGGAGCGUUUGGCCCCGGUGGCAUCAUCGGGCCCAGCGGUCAUCCAGGACUCCAGGGUGACAAAGGAAGUCGGGGGGAGGCGGGAUUGCAAGGGCCAAGAGGAUCUCCUGGUCCCCAAGGACCACCUGGCCCACCGGGCCUUCCCAGCUCUGCCUUUCUACUGCAGAAAAGGGAAGCUUCUGGGGCUGCUUCCCGAGUCCUUGUGGAUCCGCACGCCGCUUUGAAGCAAGAGAAUUAUCAGAGCAUGGAACUGCCCGUGUUAGACCAGGGCACAGAGAUCUUGAAGACUCUACAACAUCUCAACAUACUGGUCCAAAGUCUGAGGAACCCCCUGGGGACCCGAGAAAAUCCCGUCCGGGUCUGCCGGGACCUGUUCAACUGUGAGCAGCGAAUGCAGAAUGGCGUCUACUGGAUAGAUCCAAACCUCGGCUGCAGCUCAGACAGCGUGGAGGUGACGUGUAACUUCACUGCUGGAGGACAGUCUUGCCUUAAACCUCUUACAGUUUCCAAGUUGGAGUUGGGAGUCGGACGCAUCCAGAUGAACUUCAUCCACCUAUUAAGCACCGAGGCUGUCCAGCACAUCAUCAUUCACUGCCUGAACACACCUGUGUGGGCAGCAGGACCCUCUGAGCUGCCUUCGUCUACGGCUGUGAGCUUCGAGGCCUGGUCAGGGGAGACGAUCCAGCCUGGAGACCUGCUGGAGCCAAUCAUAGCCAGGGACGACUGCUGGAUCAAAGAUGGACGCUGGCGUCAGACCCACUUCAUCUUCCAGAGCCAGGACCCACAUUUGCUUCCGAUAGUGGACAUGCGCAGCUUGCCGUCUGCAGAACCUGGCGCACGGUUUCACCUGGAGGUCGGACCGGUCUGCUUUCUGUGAAGAGGGGUUGGACCACAGUGUUUCUCUAUGAAAUAUGCUUGGACUGCAGAAAUGGGAGACGAAAAAGGCUCAUUGAAAUCAAAGUGAGGGAACUUCUGGCACUUAUCAGCCAACGGAAAACAAUAAUAAGCUUCUUUUUUCAAAGAUGUGCUUGAGUGGUACGAAACCCGGCUGAAUCCUGUGGAAGGAAGUAAUCUAAACACCGAUUCGUUCUCUCUCAUCUUUUUUCCCACACGGUCUGGUGUUCGGUUGUUAGAACUGUACAGAAACGUAGAAAAGUUAAAUCAGCUAAUUUAGUGAAACUUUCUGGUAUUUGAAGUAUUAUUUAUGUGUAUAUAGUCUGUGUACUGAAAUUUGAAAUGCAGUGAUUAUUUUACAGCCUUUCGGGGUUUGCGGUAGUAGUCAUAUCAUUCAGGUGUGCAGAAAAUAAAAACAAGCACAGUGACUCCAGGUAACUUCCUGAGGCUCUUCAGACUGUUCAGUGAUGAGUUUGUGCAGAAAUGUUUGUGCGUUGCGAUGCUUCUGAGUGUGAACACGGAGCACAGGUUUCCACAGCGUGCUGAGAUGCUACCUCAUCCUGCACCUCUCAUCUCACGGCAAACAAAAGCUGUGACCUGAUCUAAUCUGGGAUGACACGGAGGUGACACCUGGGUGCUGUGAUAGUUGACAGCUCGGGGACAAACUCCUGUCAGCUCUCAUCCAACCCAUAUCUGUGCUUCGAAAGGGAAGAAUGUCAAAUAUGUACACUCCCAGACCAGAUUAUUGGUAUAGUUUAUUAUUUGUUGUAUGAUUCUGACUAUGUUGUGUCAAAAAUGUACGUGUAUAAACCUCCAAACGUUUAGUAUCUGUGGACUGUAUUUAAAUUUGGAGUGGCGUUCCACCUCAACAGCAUGCAUCAAAGUUGUUUUUGGUGCGCUACUUGUCUUGUAGAGCUUUGGUCACCAACCUGUGAACUCAGAGGGUUCCUAAAGCUACAGAACACGACUUUAUGUGUACAGAUCUAUGAUGUUAGUUCAGUAAUGUCACAAACGUUUAUUUAAAGUUGGCUUCCACAUUUUUUCAGGUAAACUUUAUGUGAAAGGAUAAAGAUUUAACUGCAUUUUAUUGCCUUUUGUUCACAACUGUCAAAUUCUUCUUUAAUAAUGUGGAUGAGGUAAAUUGUACUCUGAUUACAUUAUUUACUUCUAUAUGCAGUUUUGUGCAAUAGACUUUUUCAAAUUGAUGCAUUAAAGAGGGUUCCUGCAUCUUUACGAAUUUCA